GCUCCGGCUGCAGAGCACGGCGCGCCGGAGCACGGGGGCGGCCAUGGCGCCGAGGCCGGAGGAGGCGGGAGGCGGCGCGGGGACUGCGAGCGCCCCGCCCCGCGGGCCCGGCCGUGAGAUGGCGGCGGUGCUGGCGGGCCGCUCCGGGCGGGCGGUGUGGGAGGCGGCGCGGCGCUCGGCGGUCUGCCUGCCCGCCCCGAGCGGUUGGGGCUGCGCGCCCGCAGGGAAGCGGUAUCUGCUAACAGAAGAAGAUAUAAAGUUGCAGGAAUUUCAGCAGAUGAAAGUGGCAAUUAAAAAUGAGCUUCAUUGUAGUAAAGAUCAAUAUUUUAAAAAUAUUAAAGAAAAAUUAAAGAAAAAUGGAAUAAUUCUCAAAAAUGAAUUAAAAAAAUUGCUGCAUUUAUGUCAGACUUCAUCUGAUGUGGAACUAGCCAGAAAAGUUAUUUACAGGUACCAUGAACAGAAUGGAAUCACAGCCUUACAUAGUUUUAAAUUUGGGCCACUCUUUAUGAGACUGUGUUUUGAGCUAGACCUUGAAAGACCUGCAGUAGAGCUUAUUAAAGAUCAGAAUUUGCAUGGUUUUUUCUCAGACAGUACAUCAUUCCAUAUUUUGAUGACUAUCUUGUUUAAAAAGGGCCAUUUUGAAAGUGCUUUGGAAGUUCUGGUAGAAAUGAAAAAACAAGGUAUACCUUUCAACAAACAAACCUAUCUACUUGCAGUUGCAAUAUGCUAUAAACUGGGCAACCCAGAGUCUUCCAAAAUCUCUGCGAGACUGCUUGAAGAAGCACAGCUAAGAGGUGUCAUGGUACCACUGCGAGCAUAUUGCUUUGCAGUGGCAGCUGCUCUCAAGCAGAAUGAUGUAGCACAAGCCAAAUUUUAUUGUUCCCAGAUAAUGAGAACAGAGAACAAACUCUACAAUAAUCUUAAAGUCCUUGUCCAGCUCAGAUCUGGUUUACUAAAAGAAGUAAUAAAUACGUUAGAGGCAGCAGUGGAAGUAGAUACUCCUCCCUUUGUGAAAAGAACUGAGUUUUCUGAGCAGGUGCUGGCUACAGUCAGGGAAAAGAUGGAGGAGAACCCUGACCUUUCUGUCAAAUUAGGAGAUAUUUAUACGAAACUACAAGCUUCAGGACGGAUAACCACAUGCACACUGGAAGACAUGCUUUUCCAGAUUCCUAGUUCAAAGAAGACCACUGCAAAGCAUUUAAAUCAGAAACAAUUGGGCUAUCAGGGUGCUAAUCCAUUUUGGUCAAAUCUGUUGUUAGAAUAGUUCAGUCUUUGAUGCCAAACUGAACUGCUGAUAGCAUCUCUUAUAAUCCGGGUUCAAAUAAAAUAUCUUUCCCCUUUUUA